AUGUCUACCGUCAUAUCAACAAAUGAAACUGAUUUCGUUAUCGCUAAUGAUCAAGUUAAAGGUCGACAAAUCAUUGCUAAAAGAAUUUAUCAAUCUGGGGAAUUGAUUUUUCACGAACAACCACUUGUUUCAGCUCAAUUUGAAUGGAAUAAAUUAUACAAAUAUUCUGCAUGCGAAUGUUGUUUAUAUCCGUUGGAAUCCUGUGAACAAAAUGUUCGUCGUCUAUGUCAAGAUUCAGCCAUUGUUAUUCUACAUCCAGAAUGUGAUCCGAAUCGAAACAUGGAUCAACGAAUUGUACGAUGUCCGAAGUGCAAUGAAAUGUUUUGUUCAACAACAUGUUAUCAGCAAGCCAUGAAUAAUUAUCAUUUUACUUUAUGCCAAUCAAAUGAGAAUCAAGAGAAAGAUCAGUUAAUUCGACAUAUUAUUGAUUUAUGGAGAUCAGUUCAUCCUCCACCGGAAACAACAUCAAUUUCACUUGUACUCAAAAUAAUGGCUAUGCUUAAACAAACCGACAAUCGUUUAAUACUUCUUCAAGAACUUCAAAAGUUUUCUCAAGGUGUUCAAAGUGAAAAUCAACAAUUUUAUCAUAAAUUAUUACGCAAAGAAUUUGAAACUCAAGUAGAACAAUUGAGAUAUGCUCUAGAACAAUUCAAUGAAAAGUAUAUUCAAUUAGCGGAGUUUAAAUGGUUUCUUACAUCGAAUGGUUUUCGACAGCUGCUUGCUUUGCUUGGUCGAAAUCAACAAGGUGUUGGAACAAGUUCUCUGGCUUUGUGGGUUAAAAAUUGUGAAGCUCUAUCUGAACCGCAACAAGCCAUUGCAGCAGCAGCAGCAACAGCGACUAGUGAAGCAUCACAAUUCAUCGAUGCUCUUUAUACAAAAAUAGACGAUAUUUCCGGUGAAUUUAUCGACUGUGAAGGAAGUGGAUUAUUUAAAUUACAAAGUUGUUUAAAUCAUAGUUGUGAUGCUAAUGCUGAGAUACAAUAUCUACAUAAUAAUUCAACAUUAUCUGUUGUAGCAACACGAUUGAUAUCAAAUAAUGAAGAAAUUACAAUUAAUUAUCUAUCGGAAUGCGAUCGAAAUCGUUCCAGACAUUCAAGACAAAAACUUCUUCAGGAAAAUUACUUGUUUUUAUGUCAAUGCAAUCGAUGCACAUCGGAAAGUGCCGAACCCGAUGAGACAAGUGAAGAAGAAAGUGAAAAUGAUAUGGAAGAAGAUUAA